AUGACUUCAGAUUCCGAAACUUCAUUUCACUCUGUAGAACAAGAAAUUGUUCUUUCCUUCGUGAAACUUUUAAUACAUACGAAUAUAAGCACUUUGUUAACAAUUAAAGAAGAUUAUUCAUCGUGUAAUGCUUUUGUUUUGCUUUGCCACGGCCAAUUUAACUACUCGGUGACUUUCCUUUUACCACGACGCGCUCGCCCACAUGUCAAAAGUGCUGUCCAUUACGCUCACUUAGCUCCUGCCGAGCUUAUAUAUACAGCUACGUUGAGGAGUAUUUUCGCCACGUUGGCUAUCGCGGCCGAGCAACAGAAACCACAACAACGACAGCCACAGCAGACUGAGAAAAGUCGUAAAAUAAAUGCCAGAGGUCCUUUUUGGCAUAAAAGAGCGAGCGAUAGUCGAAGUGGUACUAAUCAACCGAAGCAACGAGCACCUAAUCGAGAUCCUAGACUUCUAUCAUUAUUUACGCUAGUGCGCUUUGACAACAACAUAUGUGUUGGUUUAUCUGGUGAAAACGGUACUUGUAUCGCACCUUCCGAGUGCGGUCAACGUGGCGGAUUGUCCAGUGGAUUGUGUGCUAACGGUUUCGGUGUCUGUUGCAUUGUGACUGUGACUUGUGGCCAAUCGACUUUCGACAAUAAUACAUAUUUCGUCAAUCCAAGUUAUCCGGGCAACUUCGAUGGAACGGAUUCUUGUCAACUCACGCUGAUCAAAUCGCAUCCUGAUGUUUGUCAGUUUAGAUUGGAUUUUGUACAAUUCAACAUUAGAGGCCCUGAAACCUUAAAUAACCUUUGUACUUACGAUCAAUUUAUCGUAUCUGGAGGAAAUCCAGUGUCACCAAUCUGCGGUAGUAACAACGGCAAUCACAUGUACAUUGACGUGGGAACCGGUCCAACAAAUCCGGUCACUUUGUCUUUCGUCACGAGUGGUAGUGGCUUCGACCGUUCGUGGAGAGUACGAAUCGCUCAAAUACCCUGCAGUAGCAUUUUUCGCGCGGAAGAGGGCUGUAUGCAGUAUUAUACCGGUGUUUCUGGACAGAUUAAAUCUUUCAACUACGAUCCUAACGUAGGGCUACAACUGUCUAACCAGGACUACAGUAUUUGCAUCAGGAUGGAGCGUAAUUUCUGUGGGAUUCAGUACAUGACUUGCGAUGACGGAGCCUCAACGUCGCAAAUAAAUCCAUUGUCUGGAGGACUUCCGAUACCACCGAGCUCAUUCACCCUCUCGGGUAAUACCUUGUCAGGACAAUAUGCAGCGAUGGCUGAUCGAGCAUGCCAAAACGACUGGUUGAUGGUUCCUUGUGCAAGUAACGCUGGAAAAUUACCUGGUUCGCAGAUUACUUGUGUCGAUCGUCUUUGCGGUGGUGCUUUCAAUACCGAAGCUUCCGUCAACUCAACAUCCGUGAUAAGUACGUGCGUGAGUUUAAUGGUAUGGGCUAUGGCGGGUGGCUUUUUACCUUCGCUUUCACAACUGCACUACAACUACUCUGUCAGCCGCUCUACCUCUGUGACGAGUACGGUGAAGCCGUUUCGGUUAGUAUUCCACACAGACGGCACAGAAGCUCCUAAUGACUAUGGCAAUCGAGGUUUUUGUUUAAACUACGUGCAGCAGCCAUGUACCAUGAAAUUGCGCUAAAGAGUGAAAGUGAUAGUUGCGUGCGACGAAGCUAGUAACGUGUUGCCAACGUUGCAAGUUCGUCGAAUAAACAUAAUUUAAAAUUUUUUUUAAAAAGACUUUUACAAUCACCGCGAAAACGUAUUGGUUUUAUCGAAAUAUUUAAAGAAAUCUUAACUCGAUAUCUACAGCACAAAUUCUUAUAUGAUUUAUACGAUAACCAGCAUAUAUUGUAUUUAUGUGUUUAGGAGGAUUAUCGCGUAACCAACAGUGGCAUUUUAAAUUGUCACGGUGGAAAAUUGUAUUAUAGAAUUGGUGAUGAUAAAGUUAUAUUAAACGAAUUAUAAAAUAGACAAAAGAAUUGUUAGAUUUUUUCCGUCAGUUAUUAAACCGAUAAAAAAAAAUAUUCGCGAAUAUAUUAAUUGAAUUUUUUCUGUAUUCAACUAGUAUAUAUAUAUAUAUAUAUAUAUUUUUAUACACACACACACACACAUAUAUAUAUAUAGUUAGCAGUGCGUAAUGAAUGAGUAAACGCAGAGAGCUAUCCACAAUACAUAAUUUAGAUUGUUCCUACCACAUUUUAAUAGCAGUUAGUUUUGCUUUUUGGAUUCUUUCUGGAAUGCUGUUGAAUAAAACAAAUAAAGUAUUAUUAUUACUCCAUGUAAGCAUAUAUAGUUGACAGUUAUAUUCUCGUUAUAUUAGGAGACCGUGUAAGAUCAUUUUUGAACUUGAUAUAAUAUGGUUUGAUAAACAAAUAAACUUUUUACGCAUUCUAUUAGAGAAAACAACUGUUGUAUUGUAGUGUAUGUAAUGAAACUAUACUUUGAUU